UUAUUAUUUCUAACAAAUUUGACAAUAAAAUUGUGAGAAAAACAUUCGCGCAUGCGCUGUAGAACACAUCCCUUUGCCCACGUUCGUAGUUGGCGUGUGGAUUUGUGUGUAAACAGGCUGAAGAUGCAGCUGUUCGUGAGAGCUCAGAGCUUACACACCGUUGAGGUGGACGGAUCAGAGACCGUCGCUCACAUCAAGGCCCAGAUCGAGGCGCUGGAGGGUCUGUCCUGUGAUGAUCAGAUCCUGACCCUCCGCGGGACCCCGCUGCAGGACGAGGCUCUGAUCGGUCAGUCCGGGAUCGAAGAGUUCAGCACUAUCGAGGUCUCAUCACGACUGCUGGGAGGUAAAGUCCACGGUUCUCUGGCCAGAGCCGGUAAAGUCAGAGGACAGACACCCAAGGUGGACAAGCAGGAGAAAAGGAAGAAAAAGACAGGCAGAGCCAAGAGGAGGAUUCAGUACAACCGCCGCUUCGUCAACGUCGUUCCAACGUUCGGCAAGAAGAAGGGACCAAACGCCAACUCUUAAAACCGCUUAAUCCCCUCACUAAACUGUGUUGGUGAUGCUUUACUGAUGACUUCUGAUCACAGCAGCUGAAUCUAAAUCCUCUCUCCAUUUGUGUAAUUUUGUGGUUUCAUGUUUGUAUCUGAUUUCGUGGCACUGCCAGAUGGACAGAUUGGUUCUUUAGCAGCAAAAUAAAAAUGAAAUUCAUCGCUU